UCCGGUUGGGAUGAACCUGCCGCCGUCGACACCGCAGGAUGGGUCGAUAGCACCGCUGCUGCUGCUACCGACGCUGAAUACUCGGGCAUUGAUCCUGAGAUGAUCUCGAAGCACGAUGGAGAGUGUGCUGAGGCUACUUGCAAGCGCUGCUCUGGCACUGGUCACACCGCUGCCGCCUGUACCGAGAAGUACAAGGUCUACCCCGAUGGCCUUCCUGCCGCCGAAAACGCCGACAAGGCAUGGGACAACCUCAUGGCUGCCGAUACCGAUGGUGAUGUCGACGACUUCGUCCAGGCCUUCUGGGUCUACUGCAAGCUCGCCCCUGAGCUUACUCUGGUCCAGCUCGAGGAGUGCUUCCGUGAGACUGGCUUCAAGUUCUACCUCAUCGCUAAGGAGCAGACCGUCCCGUCCCUGGUUCACACCAACGUUGACCUGCAGGGCAAUGACGGCAAGAAGUAUCGGGUUUCUUUCCAGAAGACAUUCAAGCCUCGCCGUGCCAUCCUGGCUGAAGGUUGGCCCAAGACUCCUGAGGAAAACCUCCAGCGCCUUCAGGAUGCUGGCUUCUCGCUUGAUAACCUCAAGCCUUACUGCACCAACUGUGAGAAGUCAGGCCACUCCACCAAGGCCUGCCCCGAGGAGAAGCAGGUCGUUGAGAAGCCCAAGGUUACUUGCUCGAACUGCAACGAGGAUGCCUCCGACUGCACCAACGAACGUGUCAUGGUCUGCCGCAACUGCAACACCCCUGGUCACGCUGCUCGUGACUGCCCUGAGGAGACCAACAUGAUCGACAACGACAACAAGCAAGACGGGGAUAUUGCUUUUGAGUAUUCCUUCCACCAUUCGCCAGGACCGGAUGUCGUUGUAAGAGCUGCCGGCAUGCUCGAUUCGUGUUAUACCACUUCCGUGAGUCUCCCAAAAACCCAGUGUUUCAAGAGUUUCCGC